AUGAGACGAAGCAAGCGGGUCGCUGGAAUUCCUGCAGAGGAGCCUCCGACUCCCUCAGUUAGAGCCAAACCGCCGACUACUCCACGUGCACCAAGAAAUUUUGAAGCGGAGAAAGUUAAGAAAGAGUUGACAAACUGCAAGAAGCAACUGGCAUCAGAGAAAAGAAAGUACACUCGACUACAAAAAAAGCAUAAUGACGAGAUAGGACUGUUGGCUUUGAAUAAAGCAGUGUUGGACAACCAUAUGCGUUUGCUGACGAUGGCUCAUAAUGAAGAAAUUGGUUUUAUGAGAAGAGAACGUGAACGUGAAGCGAUUAAAAUGAGAGAUCUCCAGGCUCAAGUGAGAAUUCUAGCCGAAGAAAAUGAUCAGAAUGCAAUGGUACAGAAGGAACGAAAAACGAAUGAAAAACUACAGAAACAGGUUCGAGAUUUGAGAAGACAAGUGUUGGCGGUGGAGCAGGGCAGAAAUGAGGAACCGCUACCGUGGAGACUUUGUCAGAUUUGUCAGGACGAGUUUGGUCAGGAAGGAGAUAGAACCCCUAGGAUGUUGCAUUGCGGGCACACCAUAUGCCUCGGAUGUAUCAAGAAUAUUGCACGUUAUGACUUCUUGGCGUGUCCAUUCGAUCGGAUUAUAAUUCAUCUUGAUGAAAUUCCAAUAGAAGAAGUUUUCCCCAAAAAUUAUCUUGUUUCCGACAUGUGA